UCUUCAAUUUUGAUUCCAUUUCCCAAACAAAUGCAGGAUUAAUAUUUGUAGGAGGAAUACCACCCACUAGUUCACAUUCAUGGGCCUAGACUUUCAAAAUUCAAACAAAAAAAAUACGACUUAAUAACUACACUUUCCAGGAGACCCACCAACCUUAGUGAGGACGAAUUGAAAAUUGAAAUAAACGACUUUCAGAAUCAUUAACCAAAUGCUCUUCUUGUCAAAUUAACAACAGAGGCAAAAUUGAUUGACAGUUGCUGGCCAACUACCCAAUAGGCCAAUACCCAUUAGCCUACUUCACCUUCACUCAUAUGCACCAAAUUCAGCAUCUCACAAAAACAUCGGAGCACCAAACCAUCAGCAGCAUUGUUUUCUAAAUGGAUACACGUAGGCAGCUUGAUUACUUAAUGCAGCACCAAUCACCACAAAUUAGGUGCGAGUAAAAGAAAAGUAACACUUCAACAGAAAGCAAAACCAUUCCUUCUCCCUCACUCAAGAACCUGCAGAGAAGCCGCGCCAUCAGAAGAGCACCCCAUGUGAUCAAAAACCCCACCCAUCACCUUGUGGGAGACAGGACGGUGGCUGUGGUGGUGCUGAAGAAACAGAGAGAAAAUGCCCCCGGAUGCAUCUCAUUACCACCUGCCUACGAGUUCUCCAGCACAGCCCUUUCUUCCAUCCUCACUCAAGUUGAAACCCGAUCUAUGCUUCAUCUACAGGUGUUGCCAAGCAGGUGCGAAGAUUAAACUCACCAGGAAGAGGCUCAUUCCUGUUCUUGUUCUGAUCCUGGCAAGCAUCUCUGUUCUUAGACUUCUAAGAAUUACCAUAAAAACUUCGUCGCCUUCUACCACCCCUCCGCUCUCUGCUCGGCCUCCUACUCUGCUCCUCACAAGAGCAUCUCCUACUCUGACACAUUGGAAGGCUCAAACACAAGCAUGGAGCACCUUGACAAAUCAAGAUAAUGCAUCAGUGACGGCUCCAGCCCUCAGUGGAAAAGAAUUUGAGUUUCUAUCCAACAUUGUAUCUUCUAAAGCUCCCUGCAACCUCCUGGUUUUUGGGCUUCAUCCCCAGUACCUAGCCUUCUCAUCAAUCAAUGCAGGUGGCCUCACAGUAUUCCUGGAGGACAACCCUGAAAGGUUUCAGACAAUCAGAACAAAUUCGAACAGCACUAGAAUUUACAAUGUUGAGCAUCGCAUACCUGCCGGAAAAGCUUACAGGCUGCUGAAGAAAGCAAGGAAAAACCCAGCUUGUGUGCUUCGUUCGGAGCCGCUCAAAGAAUACUCAAGUUGCCAAUUGGCAUUGACAAAGCUCCCCAGGGAAGUAUAUGAGGUCAAGUGGGAUCUGGUGGUGGUGGAUGGACCAAGCGGAGAUCGACCGGAGGCACCAGGCAGGAUGGCUGCAAUCUACACGGCUAGUGUCAUAGCAAGAUCUGGGAAUAUGACCCAUGUGGUAGUACAUGAUGUAGAUCGGACAAUUGAGAAGUGGUUCUCUUGGGAGUUUCUGUGUGAGGAGAACCUAGUUUCUUCAAAAGGGAAACUCUGGAAUUUCAAAAUAGAGGGUCAAUCAAAUUCUACAAGAUUCUGCCAGGAGAGAACAAAACUUUCGUUUCUCAAGGUGAACGACACAGCAAGCUCAUAAAAUCAAUGACCAGUGUUUACUAUUGUAAAUAUUGCUGCAAGUAUCUGCAUCAACAAAUAUGCAGCAAGAUAACACAGCAUGAACAGCUCAAAUGAGGAGCCAAGAUCGAUGCAAAAUUUUGGUCACUGCCAUCUAUCAGGAAGUAGAGACUUCAAAAGCACUAAUCUGCAGGUGUGCCAAUACAUUAUAGUAAAUAUUGAAACAUGGAGUGUUUUUGACAAAUUCCAGACCAUAAUCAGAUCUGUUACUAUUAGAAAAUCAAGACAUGCAUAGGGCAGGACCUCAUAUAGUUGUAUAAUAUUAAAAGCAAAUGAAGAUCCAGCAAGGAUACAGAAAUUAAAAUAAGAAAAAUAAAGUAUUACCAAAGUUUUUAUA